GCCACCCGUCGCAGCGUCCUGCCCGCCCGCGCACCCACCCCCCCGACGUCCCCCACCGAUCCUGUGUCCCACUGCAUGAAUUGAGCCUCGGCGCGAGCAUUCAAGCGUUCUUGGCGAUCCAGCCCAGCAAGCAGGUUCCGCGUCGCAGCAUCCGCAGCGCAGAGAUCCACGAUUCGCCAGCCGCCAGCAUGCCGCGCCCGACCUUGACCUCCAAGCUGUCGCUUCCCCAUCGCCUCAAAAACAACCACAAUAACGGCUCCGGCACCAACUCGAGCCCGACGAGCGUCCCCGCAAGCCGCAGCUCGAGCCCCAAGCGCGCCAUGUUAGACCCCGCGAAGGCUGGCCUGGUGUUGAGGGCCAAUGUGCUCAAGGGUAGAAACCUGGCUGCGAAGGAUAGGAGCGGCACUUCGGAUCCUUAUCUCGUGCUCACUCUUGGCGACGUCAAGCAAGCCACGCCCACCAUCAACAAGACACUGAACCCGGAAUGGAAUCAGACGCUCGACUUGCCUAUCACGGGUGUGCAGAGCCUGCUCCUCGAAGUCUGCUGCUGGGACAAGGAUCGCUUUGGCAAGGACUACAUGGGUGAGUUUGACGUCAUCCUAGAGGACGUCUUCCAGAACGGGAACCCUACACAGGAGCCCCGGUGGUUUCCUUUGGAGUCUAGGCGUACCGGAAAGAAGAAGAGUGUGGUUACGGGAGAAGUCUGCAUCCAGUUCUCCCUCAUGGACGCCAGCAACCCCUCGGCCAGCCCCGAACAACUUAUCCAGAAGCUUAUGGGAUUCGCGGCGACAAGCCCUAGCCCGGAUGACGAAGACGAGGAGUCCUUGCUGCGCAUGGAGAGCGCCGAAGUCGAUGAGCAGGAAGAGGAGGAGGAGGAAGAUGGCUCUGAUGAAGUCCAAGAUGAGUCUAAGAAGGCUGAAGUUAGGGAGAAACGACGCAAGAGACUCCGGCUGGCGAAGCUGAAGCGGAAGGCCAAACUUCGCGCUUAUGAGUUUUCUGGAAAGACUGAGGUCGCUGGAGUGCUGUUCCUGGAGAUUGUCAAAAUUACAGACCUGCCUCCGGAGCGAAAUGUGACCAGGACCUCUUUCGAUAUGGACCCGUUCGUUGUCACCUCGCUCGGAAAGAACACGUACCGCACCAAGGUCGUCAACCAUAACCUCAAUCCUAUUUUCGAAGAGAAGCUCGUCUUCCAGGUCCUCCGACAUGAAACAAACUACUCACUGUGCUUCACUGUCAUUGACCGCGACAAAUUCUCUGGGAACGAUUAUAUUGGGGCUGUCAAUUUCCCGCUCGAGAAAGCGGUGUCGGUCGCUCCUGAGGCUGAUCCAACUACUGGGCUAUACCGACUCCCCGAACCUCAGGAUUCCCCGGGCAUUCCAGAAGCCAGACGAUCCCGCUUCCGUCUCCCCAUGUCUCGAUCUUCUUCUGCUCACAGCCUGUCUCGUCUAGCAAGACCGUCGCUGAAGAAAGAGAACUCCCAAGGCUCGCUGUCAAUCAACUUGAAGGAUUCCAGCGGUACUCUACCUCCCCCUCCCACGAGUGCCCCCACAACCCCUGGUGUAAAUAUGGAUGGAAAUGGCGCCCUUGCCCCUCCCGUACCCGCCGUUAAUGUUGACCCGAGCACAGCGGACGACCAGGACCUCAAGCUAUAUACACUCCCCCUCGAAAUGAAGAACAAAGAUCGCUGGGAGACAAAGCACAGCCCAACUCUGUAUAUUCGGGCCAAAUAUUUGCCGUACAAAGCCUUGAGACAGCAGUUCUGGAGGGCCAUGCUCAAGCAGUAUGAUGCAGAUGAUAGUGGUCUAAUUGACAAAGUCGAACUCACUACUAUGCUGGAUACCUUAGGCUCAACACUGCACGAAUCUACGAUCGACAGCUUCUUUGAGAGGUUCUCUGCUGAGAACAACGGGGAGGGAGUAUUAACAUUCGACCAAAGCGUUAUUUGUCUAGAAGACCAGCUCCAAAACACGCAAGAGCGUGGAACAAUGAGAGGGGCUUGGGACCACUUGACACCUUCGAGCAGUGACCUGCUAAGCGAAACUCCUGGUACCAUGACGCCUUCAGCAACGUCUGGAUCACGAACGCCACUGAAUUUUCAGUCUUCGUCCACCUCGAUCCCAACAUUGCAACCGGAGUCGAUGGGCAAGGAAGGCGAGGAAGGCGAGACCAUCAUGCCUGAUGAUCUUGCGGAUGAGAAGGGCGAAGAACACGUGAUUGAGAUUCGAGAAUGCCCCAUCUGCCAUCAGCCUCGACUAAACAAGAAGUCGGAUGCUGAUAUAAUCACUCAUGUUGCUACUUGUGCCAGUCAAGAUUGGCGACAGGUGAAUAACAUCGUCAUGGCCGGAUUCGUUACCUCUAGCCAGGCGCAGCGGAAAUGGUACUCGAAGGUCAUCACCAAGAUAUCGUAUGGUGGCUACAAGCUUGGAGCCAACUCCGCCAAUAUCCUAGUGCAAGACCGCAUCACCGGACAAAUUAACGAGGAGCGGAUGAGUGUGUACGUUCGACUUGGAAUUCGUCUGCUCUACAAGGGGUUGAAGGCCAACAACAUGGAGAAGAAGCGAAUCCGAAAAUUACUUAAAUCCCUUAGCUUCAAGCAGGGUAAGAAAUACGAUGACCCAGCUUCAGCUGCGGAAAUUGAGGGUUUUAUUGCCUUCCACCAGCUAGAUAUGUCUGAGGUCCUGCUUCCACUGUCAGAGUUUAAGAACUUCAAUGAGUUCUUUUAUCGUGCCCUGAAGCCGAAUGCACGACCAUGUUCUGCUCCUGAUGAUCCAAGAGUUAUCACAUCGCCCGCCGACUGCCGAAGCGUGGUCUUCAAUACUCUCGACCAGGCCCAAGCGAUUUGGGUCAAAGGACGCGAGUUCACGCUUCAACGUCUUCUCGGGGAUGCUUAUCCAGAUGAUGCAAAACGCUAUGUGGGAGGCUCCCUCGGUAUCAUGCGUCUGGCGCCCCAGGACUACCAUCGAUUUCACAUUCCCGUCGACGGUGUGAUGGGCGAGCCAAAGACUAUUGAAGGUGAGUAUUACACUGUCAAUCCAAUGGCUAUCAGGUCGGCUCUUGACGUAUAUGGCGAAAAUGUUCGCGUCCUUGUUCCCAUCGACUCGGAGGUCCACGGUCGAGUGAUGGUUAUCUGUGUGGGCGCAAUGAUGGUUGGUAGCACCGUCAUCACCAGAAGGGCAGGCGAGAAGGUCAGGAGGGCGGAAGAGCUUGGUUACUUCAAGUUUGGCGGAAGUACGCUUCUAUUACUCUUCGAGCCAGGGCAAAUGAGAUACGACGAUGAUCUUGUCGACAACUCCAAGUCUGCCUUGGAGACUCUGAUCCGUGUCGGCAUGUCCAUUGGCCACAGCCCGAGCAUGGCGGCGCAUGCACCAGACAUGCGUAAAGAGAAUCCGACGAUGGAGGAGAAGCAGGAUGCAAAGCGUCGUAUUGAAGGCAGUCUUGCGCCACAGGGUGUGAAAGGGCCGAUGGCAGGAGCUGGAAUGUGAACUGUAAAGUAAAGCGGGAAAGUGGAAAAGUGCAUAAUCUCUGCGAAUUGGUAUACGAUGUGACAAGGAUAGAAACGCAGGGACAUGAAAGCAUACGGGAUUGCGGCUCUUGGGUGCUGCUUUUUCAAGGGAGUUCUUGCUAUAAAGUGCGGUUGUACUAAACACAUACAUGGGACCGUUUAGCUAGCUUGUUG